CUAUAACUGGUUAUAAUAAAUGGCAAAUAGGUAAUUUGUGGGGAACCUUAUUUGCUCUGUAAUUUGAAGAUGUGGACUUUGAAUGGAUUCGUUUUGAUGAUGCUCUUGGUAUUGGCUAAUUCGCAGUUGGAUUACACCGUGCACUUCAACUCCCCUCUCUACGUAUGCCCCGACGAGGUCAGUCAGGCUUUCGUGGACACGUCCGAGGUGCAGCUGAAGUGGUACAACGCUACCACUAACAUGAUGGUUGGCGCCAUCAACUACCUGAAGGGAUUCGAGCAAGACACUACGAUAGAACUGGUACUAGCAAAGGACUUGGGGGGAUCUUAUGAGAUAAUGUUGUCACAUGAGGUAUGCGACGCGUGCGCAGAGCUGGCCAACCCUUACAGCGCGUACGGGUUUUACAUGAGGAGAUUAGGCUUCCCUCGAGACUGCCCCUUUGAAGCCAAUAAAUAUCCCAUCAGAAAUUUAGAGGCAUAUCCGAGGAACCUACCAAUCGACAGUGACAUGGCAGGCAGCUACCAGCUGACGAUAAAUAUCAAGAAACGUGCAGACGAAGACUGCCUUCCUGAUGGCAUGACAUUCAUUGCGUGCGUCACAGUAGACUUGAUUGUUGAGCAUUUGUAA